GGAAGAGCGGAAGGUUGGAUGUGAUUCACCGGAACCUCGUGCAGACGGUGGAUUAAAACUGAGCAGCCGCUUGUAUAAUAACUCGAAACCGCGUAUUUGCAUGUGCAGAUUAUUUAAUUGUCGGAGUAUGCUGUGGUGGUGUUGAUCUGAUGGAGCUGCUGGUGGUGCUGGGCUGCUGAUGCGGCCUGAGCGGAUACGGUGCUGUGAUGGCGAUGGGUAAAUGGCUGCUGUACGCCGGUCUUGCGCUUUCUUUGCUCGCUUUGUGCUUCCUCACGGUCGCAAUAUCCUCCGAUCACUGGUACGAAACGGACGCCAGGAGGUACAAAGAGCGCUGUCGGGCUUUCUCUAGCCGUCGUACCGACCCGGGCUUCAUCUACAUCCCGAGCCACAGCCUCCCGUUGCGCGAGCCGCGGCCACUGAUGAUGCGCGAGCGGAGGGAGCUGUUCGGUGCGAGCGCGGCAGACGAGUGCAAGCGCCGCUAUAAUUCCACCACCGUGGGUCUAUGGAGUAAAUGCUACCGUCUCGGAUUCGACCGGAACAUCGAGGAGCUCAUUAAAAAAGGAACUAUUGAGAGGUGCUCCUACAUCAAGUACUACUAUGCUUCCUCGACUCUGGUGCAAAAGGAUAUCUCUUAUAAUAUCACCAAGACCAUUCAGCAGGAUGACUGGCAUGCUUUGCAUCUGCGCAGAAUGACGGCGGCCUUCAUGGGCAUGGCUUUGUCCAUCAUCCUGUUUGGCUGGACAAUAGGACUGCUGGGCUGCUGCUGGGAUCAGGGCCUCAUGCACUAUGUUGCUGGCCUGCUUUUCCUCAUGGGAGGUACGUUUUGCAUCAUUGCCCUUUGUACUUGCGUGGCUGGCAUAAAUUUUGAACUUUCCCGCUACCCACGUUACUUAUUCAGCCUUCCGGAUGACAUAAGCCACGGUUACGGCUGGUCCAUGUUCAGCGCCUGGUGUGGUUUGGGACUGACGCUUAUUGCUGGUUUCUUCUGCACUCUGGCACCUUCUAUUCAACCUCCACCACCACCUAGCCGUACUCCCUACCCUAAAUCCCGCAUGGAGAACGGCACAGUGUGCUAAACUACUAUGGAAAGGGCAAGAGACAGGAAAGAAUACACACGUUAACUAUGUGACAUUCUGAACAUUUUGAAGGGAGUGAACACUCCACAUGAUGUAAGCGUCGACAGCCUGUGUGUGGAUCUCUGCUGUAAAAGCAGUUGUACAGACGUAUAAAAGUGGUUGUCUUCACGUGAUCAGAAUAUCGUCGAUGGAGCAGUUUGUGUUCUGUUUGUGUGCAUUGUGCAUUUUUGAUUUGAGAAAAGACUUAACAUUUCACAAGACACAUUCACAAAGAU